AUGAAAAACAAUGAAGAGGUUGAGAUAGACGAGUCCUUGUAUUCUAGGCAGCUUUAUGUUGUUGGGAAGGAUGCAAUGAAGAAGAUGAUGAAUAGCAGGGUGCUUGUGAUGGGACUAGAUGGGCUUGGGCAGGAGGUUGCAAAGAACAUAUGCUUGGCAGGAGUAAGCAAGGUGACUCUGUUUGACGACAGGAUAGUUGAGGAGGAAGAUCUGUGCACGGGAUUCUAUCUUCGUAGGGAAGACAUAGGAAAGGCAAGAGAUGCCAGCGUCGUAGAGAAGUUCAGAUCAAUGAACGAGUAUGUGGAUGUGAGUGUAGCCAGCGAGGUGAACAACUUUGAAGGAUAUGAUGUUGUUGUAGUGUGCAAUGAGGGCUAUGGAGAGCAGAUAAAGCUGAAUGAGAUGGCUAGGAAGGACAAGUGUAUGUUUGUUGGAUGCCAGGUAAGAGGGCUGUUUUCACAAGUAUUUUGCGACUUUGGAGCAGAAUUUAUCUGUGUUGACAGGACUGGGGAAAUACCGAUGAGUGGAAUGAUCAACGACAUAAGUGAAGAUGGAGUGAUGACGGUUGUUGAUGGGCAAAGGCAUAAUCUGGAGGACUACGACAUAAUCAAGAUAACCCAGUGCGAGGAGUAUGAGGGCAAAUACUUUCGAGUUAAGGUGAUUUCUCCCACUCAAGUGAUGCUGCAGGGUGUUGAUGGAGUGCGGAUGUUUGAGGAGGAAGCCGAGUUCAAGGCGGAGAGAUUCAAGAGUGUGUAUGGAGGAGAUUUUGAGCAGCAGAAGAAACCGAGCAUGAUAUCGUUCAAGCCUCUUGGGCGGACAAUUGAUGAGCCAAGGAUCCUGGGUUUCAACUAUGAAGUUGAGGAAAGGAACCUUGUUAUUCACAAGUGCUUUGUUGCUCUUGGAGAGUAUAUGAAACAGAGUAAACAGACCCCGAGUGGAGAAGAAUUUCUGUCGUUCUUUGUUAGGAAGUACAAGAGCCAUUUUGAGUUUGAAGCGCUAAUAAGAUCUUUUGGAAGGCAAUGUGGGGGGACUCUUAUGCCAAUGUGUUCUGUGGUUGGAGGAUUUGUGGCUCAGGAAAUCUUGAAAGCUGUGGGAAGCAGGUUUACACCCUUACACCAAUUCUUCUAUUUUGACGCAAUGGAUGUUGUUCCUGGAGAUCCCAAGGAUGAUGGGAAGGACUACGGAAGAUAUGGGCCGAUGGUAAGAUGCCUUGGGAAGGAAUGUGUUGAGAAGCUCUUCAAUCUCCACGUCUUCAUGGUUGGAGCAGGAGCCAUUGGAUGUGAACACCUGAAGAACAUGGUUAUGUGUGGAAUUGGAAGCAGGGGAAGAGUAAGUGUGACAGACAUGGACGCGAUCGAGCAGUCGAAUCUGAACAGGCAAUUCCUAUUUAGAUCUGGAGAUGUUUCAAGUAUGAAGGCUGAGAUUGCUGUUGGAAAAGCCAUCGAGCUGAACGAAGAUUUCCUGAAGAUUCCCUUGGAAAGAGGCGAGGAGAAGCUUGAAGGAAAAGAUGUUUCUGAAAUGACAAAUGGAAUGUCAGGGUCGGGGCUUCCGUAUUCUAACCUUGUUUACUACAAUCUGAAAGUGGGAAAGGAAACGGAAUCAGUAUUUAGUGACAGGUUUUUUCAGUCUGUAGAUGUUGUAGCAACUGCACUUGACAACGUGGAUGCAAGGAUAUAUGUUGAUGGAAGAUGUGUUGUGAAUAGAAAGUUCAUGGUGGAUGCAGGAACAUCUGGAACAAAGGGGAAUGUGCAAGUUGUUGUUCCGUUUCACACAGAGAGCUAUGGAUCCAGUCAAGAUCCACCCGAAAAAUCGAUUCCUCUGUGUACCAUCAAAAACUUUCCAUAUGCCAUUGAGCACACCAUUGAAUGGGCAAGAAGUGAGUUUGAGUUCAAGUUCCAUGACGAGAUACUCCUGAUAAAAGAAUACCUAGGAAGAGAGAAGAAGAAUGGAGGAGAAGGAAAGGAAGAAGCAAGCAAUGAGACGAUGGAAGACAUUGUUGAGAAGACACCCAGAAGCGCCAAGGAAUGUAUUCGGAACGGAAUCCUUCUUUUUGUCAAGCUCUUCCAUACAUCUAUUAAGAACCUUAUAACAGCAUUUCCUCCGGACUCAAAGACAAAGGAAGGGCAGCCAUUCUGGAUGCCUCCAAAGAGGUCUCCGGUGACAAUUAGCUUUGACGUUAAUAACAGCCUUCAUGUCCUGUUUGUCCAGAGCACUGCAAAUAUAUUCAGCUUCAACUUUGGAAUUGGAGAACACAUAUCAAGAGAGAUGGUUGUGGAUUUUGUAAAGAACGAAAUCCUAGUGGAAGAGUUUUCGAGUGCGGUAGACAAUAUUUGUGUAGAAGAGUCGCCACGGCCGCCCGUUGACCCGUCUGCCAUAACACCUUGCACAUUUGAAAAAGACGACGACUCGAACUUCCAUGUGGAUUUCCUGUAUGCUGCAGCCAAUCUAAGGGCAAUGAACUACAAGAUAAAGCAAGCAGACAGACUUACUGUGAAGGGGAUUGCCGGAAGAAUCAUCCCAGCCAUAGCAACCACAACCGCCGUUGUCUCUGGACUUGCCAUCCUGGAGAUGAUCAAAUAUGCUCUAGGCGUGGAGCAUACAAAGCAUAAGAACUCAUUCCUCAAUCUAGCCCUUCCCUUCUUUGCAAGCACGGAUCCUGUGGAACCUAUGAAGCAGCUGUAUAAGAUCGAAAACAAGAAAUAUACAUUUACACUAUGGAACAGGCUGGAGUAUAAGGAUUCCAAGCUGGGGACAAUCCUCAAAGCUUUUGAAAUUCAAUUCAAGAAGAAGAUAUCGAUGGUCACUGCCGAGAAUGCCUUGAUCUACUGGGACUUCGAUUCGAAGUAUGCAGACAAUCUGGAAAAGACUGUUGGAGAACUGGUCGGCAGAAAGCCGGAUGAGCUGUUUGUCAUGCUGGAUGUGAUAACAGACGACGAAGAAGGAGAAUUCCCCAGAAUAGUAGUUGUCUUUGAAUAA